GUUCCUUGGUAAGCACAAAUUUUAUCCGGGUUUUCGCAUAAUGGAGAACAUAAUUGUGUUGUCACCUAUUUUCAUGUGUUUUUGAUUCCGGCAUUAAUUAUGUGAAAAACUUAUUAUAGUCGUAACUAAAUAUGGAAAGGCGUAGAAAAAGAAGAAAGCAAGGCAAUAAACACAUUAGUCUUGCUGCAAUCAAGCAGUAUCUUCUAUAUGGAACUUACCCUUCUGGGUCGACACCGUCUGAUAAACGGUCGGUGAGGAAGAGAGCCGAGAGCUUCAAAAUUGAAGAUGGCGAAUUAUAUUAUGUUGUUCGUCCUAAACGCAUUGAAGGAGAGCCUCUUGACCAGAAUCCUGGGGCAAGCAAAGCUAAUUUACGCAAAGCCAUUCUUACACCGAAAAAUCAACUAUCUAUUGCUGCCUUAGUCCAUGUUCAAGGUGGAGGUGCACACAUGGGUACAGAACGAACAUUCAGUGCCCUAUCAGCCAAGUACUACUGGGUGGGCAUGGCAAAUACAGUUAGGAAAGUUUUAAAAAACUGUGUCAUUUGUUUGGCCAAUCGACCUUUUAUCACCAAGCUUCAACAACCAACUUCUCAGACCAACUGUAUUUCUCAAGUCACUAAUGUAGACAUUGCAGUACACAAUGACAGUGAAGUGCCUGCAGAAAAAGAGGAAAGUUUUUGUCUUUCAGAGUCUGAUGGUCAUAAAUUUGAGGAAAACUCUUUGGGCAUGAAAUACAUUAUCACGUCUGAAUUGCCAGAACCAGAUCAAGUGGAUUCUGACCUUGACUUUGAUCCUGAAACUGUCAUAAGUGAUGCUUUAUUCAAUCCUAAAUCUCACAGAUUUUGGCAGAAGGUAGAGGUUCAGAUAUAUGGUCCAUUUCCAUACAAGAAAAAGUCUGUUUAUAUAAUAGCUUCAUUAGACUGUUUCUCCAAAUGGCCAGAGGCAAAUAAAAUUGACAAAAUUAAUGAAAGAACUGUUUCUCAGUUUUGUUUAAAGCUAAUUGCCAGAUUUGGUGUCAUGGAGCAACUUAUUAUUUUGGAGAAUGAGGUGACUAAAUCCAACAGUCUUGAUCUUACUGGCCUCUGCCUUAACCUAAGUCAAUAUAAUGUAGCUAUAAGUAAAGAGAGUAUUAACCCUUUAGAUGAAAGUUGGAAUCGUCUAAGUAUUAAUCUGCACAGAUUUGUAGAUCUUUAUGUUAAUAGCUGGAAUGACUGUUUAGAUUUGUGUUUGAUUCCUUUGAGAAAUUCACUUGUCAGAAACACAGACUUUACUCCCUCCUUUUUGUUAAUGAAUCGUGAGCCAAUAUUUCCAGAGUGUGUAAUUGCUGGAAAGGGAUCUAGUGAAAUUGAGGUAGAGUUGAAUCAAGGGCAGAUAGAACAAUCUGUUGACACUGUCAUGUCACAUUAUAUUCACUGUGCAGUCUCGGACAUAAAACGUAUAGUGCCACCUGUAGGUGAAAUAGUUAAUGAAGAAACUUUGGACAAGAAGUUUGUCAGACGGUCAGGGAGAAAACCCAAAAAAAUCAACUGUUCGGAAGUUGAUGAUCAUGAAACUGAUGAUGGAUCUGAAACUUCAGAUCAAAUUAUAUCAAAAGAGUUCUCUUUGAAAAAGUCUCAACAACAAAUAGCAUCUCAAGGCAAGAAGAAAUCUGAAAGUCUAGAUACCAUUAAAACUACUGAAAAACAACCAAGUGAUGAGGAUGGCUAUGUUAUAAAAGAAAUAAAGCUCUCUGAAGAAACACUAGAAAAGAUUGAUUUAGACACCUAUUACAGACUGAUUAUGAUAUAUUUAAAAGAUGAGGCUUAUCCAGAAACAUUUUCUGAUACAUUGCAAAGACAUAUCAAAGAGCUGAGUGCCAACUAUGUUUAUGAAAAUGAUGAAUUGAUGUUCAAACAAAAAGGAAAACUAACAAAAGUUCCUACUUGUCUUGCUGACAGACUCAGGCUGUUGAAAGAAUCCCACAUCAAUAAUGGGGAACAUCUGUCAAAAGCUAAAGUUCAAGAACAUAUUGAGUCCAAAGAUAUAUUCUGGAAGGAUAUGAUUCUGGACAUAAAAUCAUUUGUGAGUGCUUGCCCUGGGUGUCGACAUGGCGAAACUCGCAGGAAAAGAAGGACUUCCAAAAAGUUUGUUCGAUGGUACAGAGGUGCAGAAGAAGAAGAUGAUUCAGACACAGAGUUAGAAACAGCUGGUGAUCUUGGUAAAGUGUCUAAUGAUGAACUGAUAGAUUAUCUGAAACAAGACACCACACCCACUUGUCUUUCAAGAUCUCAGCUGCUCAUAUUCAGAAAAAAAGCUAAAAACUUCAAACUUGAGAAAGGAAUUUUAUUCUUUUGGCCAAACAAACGGACAGAUUUAAAACCAAGAAAAGUGAUUCUGUCAGAAAAGGAGAGGUUAGAUGUGCUUAAGAAAAUUCAUGGAGAUAAUCAUUUAGAUAAAAGUUCUAUGUUGGAAUCUUUAAAGAAACAGUAUUUCUGGCAAACAAUGUAUAAAGAUGUUGACAAGUUUUUGUCUGAAUGUUGCCAGGCAGAUUCCAUUCAAGAACCAGAGGAUGAUAAUGACCACUGUGAUCCAGCCAUUGAGUUCAGACAAAAAUUAUUUCAGGAUUAUUUUGCUGGAAAGAAUGUCUUCCCUCAACAAGAACAAUUUCAAAAGUUCAUAUCAGUUAAAGAUGUUACUGUCACCAAGCCAAAGCAAGAUCUUGUAGCAGCUGCAAUGGAGAGUGCACAGUUGACUGAUCAAGCUAUUUCCUCUGAAGAGCCCUGGGAGAUGCCUUGUGAAGCAGAUAAUGUCCAGCACAUGAAUGAAGAAUCAACAGCUGCCCCAGUCACUGGUCACCCCCAACAAGUUUUAAGUUCUACCAAUCACAUUGAAACCCCAAAGCUUGAGCUGGAGAUUAACAUUGAGAAUGAGGUGGCAAAAAGUGAAGUCAAACAAGAAGUAUUUGAAGGAUCAAAGGAAGAGAUAAACAGUCAUGAACCAAUCACUAGACAUCUGACAAAGUCUGGCAUUUCUAAAAAGUCACAUAUUAGAAGAAGAUGUGAUGUGUGUCAAGAGGUUAUCAAGGGAGAGAACAAUUAUAAAGAGCACAUGUACAAACAUACUAGAAUAAAGCCUUUCAGUUGCCCUCUGUGUCAUAAAAAGCUAACCAGCAUUAAAGGUUUGAAUAUGCAUGCCAGACGACAUUCAGGACAUCGUCCUUACCUUUGUAAUAUUUGUGGUCGAGGUUUCCCACGCUCGGCAUCUCUGAGAUACCACAUAAAGACCCAUGACAAAGGUGGAGGUGUGCCAGUAGCGUGUGAUGUCUGUAAUAGAAGUUUCUCAACAGAGAACAGAAUGCAAAAACACAAACGAUUCAAGCACCCAGCCCAGGCCCCAGUGUUCAGGUGUGAUCAAUGUGGGAAAGUCUUUACUGCUAAAAGAAGCUUGAAGCGUCAUGAAGAAGCACAUCAAGGAAUCAGAAAAUUUGAAUGUCAAUAUUGCCAGCGAAGUUUUUUUCGUAAAGAAUAUUUAAACUAUCACUUAGUUUCCCAUUCAAAUGAGGACCCAUCACUUGCCAAUUAUAAAAAUAAAGGUAAAUUAAAGAGAGCAAUGGCUGCCCAGAAAAAAAGAGACUUUUCUUCGAAGUUGUCAAUUGUUUGUUUGGACCCAUCCACCAUUGAGGUAGCUCAAGACCAAGAAGUGUACAGUCAGUUAGUGGAAGAUCCAAAUCAUCAAGACUGGUCUGAGAUUCAUGGAGAUGGAGCAAUAGUGUAUGGACUGGAAGGUACUCAUAGAGUAGAGGAAGUUGACCCUGAUGUAGGGGAGGCUACCACUUUAGUCAUGGUGGAGGAACAGCCUGGUGAACAUGGGAAUGUUGAAGUCAGACACAUCAUUCUACCCAGGGAUCAACGACAGGGGCAGAUAAGCUUGCACAGCCAGGGGCAAAUAAACCUUCACAAUCCGGGACAAAUAAGUCUUCACACGCAGCAGCAGACUCUUCAGGAGUUGCCGCAGCAUCAUCAGAGCAUCGAGCUUGCGCUGCCCACAGGCACGCACACAUUCACUCUUCCCAGUGGCAGUCAGUUGCAGGCCAUUGAUUCUGGCCUAGACUCUGUGCAAUACCAAGUGGAGUGCUUACCUGGUGAUACCCUAACUGAGGCAGACAUCAAUGCCAUUCACAUGCUUGCCCAGGCAUCCUUGAGUGGCACUCACAUAAUACAAUAGCAAGCUCCAGUCGGAUUUAAUGUUUUACUAUUACUGGUACAAGUUUUUCACAGAAAUUAUUUUUUUUUUGUAAUGCUGGUUAGCAUAUAGAGAAUGGCUAACCUAAAUGUGAACUCAUUGAUUUAUGUCCCAUUUUAGCUCUUAAUUUAAUAUUAUAUAGUUUUCUUAUAUUUAUUUGUUAUUAUGAUUUCAUGUGAUUAUGCUGAAUUAGUUUUAGUUUUUGUGAAAUAUUUUGAAACAUUAACUACUAUGAGAAGACUUGGCCAUUACGACUCAACUCAUAAAAACUUGUAGUUCCUUAAUAUUCCAACAGUCAAUAUAGCUGAAUGUUUUAUAGUAUGUUUCUAAUGUUUAUAGACUUUCUUCCUGUUAUAGCAAAUCUUAUUAACAUCUUAUAAAUAAGAUGGAUGCUAUUAUGGAUCUACAACUAUUGAAUUAUGUCAAGCUGUUUAUUUAUUUUAUUUAAUGUGAACUGAUUAUUUUUUUAAUUUCAAAAUAUGACUUGAUGCUUUCAUGUAUAAUCCAGUCAAAUCUUUAUUUAAUUGUAUUUAGUUGAAGUCUUCAGUGCUUUUUAUUUCAUUCACAUUUUUCAGUCUUUCCAAUCUAGUAAUUAUGCAUUAAUGUUAACAAAUCUUUUCUUUUUUUCUAUUUCUAUUCAUUUUUGAUCACUGUAGUUGUGAAACUCAACAAUUCUAUAUGUUUUAAACAUUUGCUUUAUCUAGACAGGAAAGUCAUAGUAAAGAAAUAACUUUUUCUGUUCUCAAUCUAUCUCUGUUGGUAUAAUUGAUUGUUAUUUAUGAGUUUAUCUAAUUCUUUUGUGUCUUGGUUUAAUAUUCAGGAAAUUUCUUGAUUCUGUAUUUUAAGUCAACACAUUACAUUUAGUCUGUAACUAGUUUUUGAAAUGAAAUGUUUAAAACAAAAAAAAUCACUUGUAUUUCUGGCUAAUACUUGACAAAUAAGGUAACAUAGCUGCUGAAGUAGAAAGUUUUCCUAUGACUGUUUUGAUGUUUUAGGAAGUUCCUAUAUUCUGUGACCACCUGCCAUUGUUUAGGAAGAGUAUUUUGGUCUUUGUCCUGACCACUUUCUAGUGCUUAAGAACAGCGUUUGGCCAACUGACAGCUUUGUAAAUUAUGAGCAACACAACUCCGUUAGCAGUGCUAGUUACAUUGGGGAUAUUUAGGCCUCAAAUUUAGCAUUAUUUUUUUUAUCUCUUUUUAUUCUUGAUCAAUGCACAAGGCAGUCUGCAAGAGAAUUUUUCUCACAGACUGCUCUUCUUAACCAUGCCACUCCUGAGUGUAUUUUGAAGAGAUAUAGAUCUAAAUAUGGCUGUCUAGUUUGAGUGUAAGGACAUACUAAGUUAGCUUUCAUGUAAUCUUAUAAUUAAAUGUUUGUUCUUAAUGAAGCUGAAUGAAUGUUUUAUGGCAUAACUGAAUGAAUGUUUCAUGACAUAACUGAAUGAAUGUUUUAUGACAUAACUGAAGGAAUGUUUUAUGACAUAAUAUUACUGAAUGAAUGUUUUAUGACAUAAUAUUACUGAAUGAAUGUUCUAUGACAUAACUGAAUUUUUUUUUUAUGACAUAACUGAAUGAAUGUUCUAUGACAUAACUGAAUUUUUUUUUAUGACAUAACUGAAUGAAUGUUCUAUGACAUAACUGAAUUUUUUUUUAUGACAUAACUGAAUGAAUGUUCUAUGACAUUACUGAAUGAAUGUUUUAUGACAUAACUGAAUGAAUGUUUCAUGACAUAACUGAAUGAAUGUUUUAUGACAUAACUGAAGGAAUGUUUUAUGACAUAAUAUUACUGAAUGAAUGUUUUAUGACAUAAUAUUACUGAAUGAAUGUUCUAUGACAUAACUGAAUUUUUUUUUUAUGACAUAACUGAAUGAAUGUUCUAUGACAUAACUGAAUUUUUUUUAUGACAUAACUGAAUGAAUGUUCUAUGACAUUACUGAAUGAAUGUUUUAUGACAUAACUGAAUGAAUGUUUCAUGACAUUACUGAAUCAAUGUUUUAUGACAUAACUGAAUGAAUGUUUCAUGACAUAACUGAAUGAAUGUUUCAUGACAUAACUGAAUGAAUGUUUUAUGACAUAACUGAAUGAAUGUUUCAUGACAUAACUGAAUGAAUAUUUUAUGACAUAACUGAAUGAAUGUUUCAUGACAUAACUGAAUGAAUGUUUUAUGACAUAACUGAAUGAAUGUUUUAUGACAUAACUGAAUGAAUGUUUUAUGACAUAACUGAAUGAAUGUUUUAUGACAUAACUGAAUGAAUGUUUUAUGACAUAAUAUUACUGAAUGAAUGUUCUAUUUCAUAACUGAAUGGUAUUGAACAAGUCACAUUGUAUCUAUAGACACUGACCCCCCAAAAAUGCUAACAUUUUGUUCUUAUAACUCAAGUUGUAAUGUGAUUGCCAUGUUGGUGAAUUUAUUUUUUACUUUAUCUGUUAUGUCAAGGCAUUAAAGUUGCAAGCCAUG